AUGGGGCGUAAUUGCAGUGACGGUGAAAAAGUUGAAGCCAUAAACAAUUUAUUGUCCUCAGAACAAACCUUCUCUGACAAAUUUCUUGCAUUCCCCUUGACAAAUGGAAUUCUGAUUCUCAGAAGCCAUAUAACUCACUCGCAAACUUUAUCUGCUAAGCCAGCCACUCCAUGGGUUGCAUUGCAAAGCGAUGGAAAAAUUUUAUUUGCUGUCUGUGACUGUGUUGCUGGACUAGGUAACAGCUGUAUUCAUGUUAGUGCAUUUAUACAACAAGCCAUCCAUGAGCACCAAAAGGAUAAAUCGACAACCACAAAUGCAACAACCACAAGUACUGAAAAUAUAAUUCCUCUAAAAUCACUGCCGUGUAACUGGAAUAAACCAGAAAAGGGUCCAGUAACUAUUGGAAAGAUUGGUGAUUUAACAACACUCCUUCCUAGAAAAAAAAAGCAUUUCAGGGAAACACAUUUUGCCAAGGGGAAACCUUUUAAUGUAGUGGAAGAAGAAUGCGAACGUGUGUUGCAACUAAUAACCCUAACUCGUGAUGAGCAAGAUGCAGCUGAACUGGUAACAAGAAAUCAAAGUUCCUGCGAAGAAUGGGGCAAUCAACGAGGUGGACGUAUAACAGGAACUAUGAUCUUCCGUGUCAAAAAAUUCGAUUUUUCACAACAAUUAACUCCUGGAAGCACACAAUUCAUUUUAGAAAUAUGCUACCCAGAGAUUAGCAAGUUCAAUGGUAACAAGUAUACCAGGUACGGAAAAAUGAGCCCUUUGCAGCCCAAAAUUUUUCAAGUCAUGUUAAAGAAAACAAUCUACAUUCUAAUUUUGAUUGCAAAUGUGUUGGAUUAAUUAUAUCCAUCACUCACCCUUUUCUGGCAGCGUCACCUGACCGUAUCUGUCACGGCGAAUGUCAUGGGAAAUUCGUAUUGGAAAUUAAAUGCCCUUUCCGCGUAAGCGGUUUGAAGAUCAAAGAAUACUCUCUUAAAAACAAAGAUUUCUUUCUAAAAGUGCAUCAUUCCACAGGAAAUAUGUCUCUAGAUGAUAGCUGCUCUCCUUCAUCAACAGUGUCUACUUUAUCCGAAUCUGUUGUACAGAAAAAAUGGAUAUUUGUGUCAGAUGAUUCACCUAUUAAAGUGAUACAGAUUAAUCCAAAGAAAAGGUUAUUUUUGUGUGGAAAGUAAAAGAGAAUUAUACACGAAAGACGUCAAAUACUUCCAUUCCAUGGAAACAACCAGAAGCAAUUAAGUGGUACUUUCCGGAGCCAUUA